CAAAGAGUCUUCCACCUCCACUUUUGUCCUGAUCCGCGCCGGUGGUUUGUGAACCGGACGCACCGCAUUUGUCGUACAGGUGCACACAUAUUCGAGAUGGAUGAUACAGAGCGACGGACGGCAAAGCGCUCGCGCUUCGAUCAGACUGAGCCGGAGCCAAAGAGAGUUUCAAGAUUUGAUCGGCGAUCGCGGUCACCUCCAGCCAGAAAAUCCGAAUCGAGACGGAGCAGAAGUCCUCUUGGACGAGCGUCAGGCAGUCCUAGUACAGAGACUUCGCGACCAGCUAGUAUUGAUCCUGCUGCUGCAGCAGCUGCUGCCGCGGCCAAAAUCAAUGCCCAGAUCCAAGCUAAGAAGGGUAUCCAACAUGUCGAUGUUCCUCCUAUCCGAUCAACCUUGAGUCCUGCAGGGAAGUCUGCUUCACCAGCACCUUCUGCGACAGGCAAUAGCACAACCACGGUCAAUGGUGAGAUGUAUAUUGCGGAUGGCGACUACAUCCGCGACAUCGAGGUUAACGAUCUGCGCAACCGUUACACACUGACCAAAGGCUCUACACAAAAGAUGAUUAAAGAAGAAACCGGUGCUGAUGUCACAACGCGUGGAAGCUACCUCCCCGAUAAGAGCAUGGCUACGCCUUCGAAUCCACCUCUCUACCUUCAUGUAACGAGCACGACGAAACAAGGCCUCGAGCAAGCCGUUGCGAAGAUUGAGGAGCUUAUGAAACAGGAACUACCCAAUCUAGUUGAUGAGAGACGUUUCCGUAGGAGAGAGCCAGAACAAGUCGAGCGAGAUGAAUUUGGUAGACGCAAAUGGCCUGAAGAGAAGAUCCCUAUCGAUUUCGAACCGCUUCCCGGCUUUAAUCUUCGUGCUCAGGUUGUCGGUCAUGGUGGGCAAUAUGUCAAGCAUAUUCAACAGGAGACUAGAUGCCGUGUUCAAAUCAAAGGACGCGGCUCUGGAUUCCUGGAGCAUGCCACUAAUCGAGAGAGUGACGAGCCUAUGUACCUUCAUGUUGCGGGACCUGAUCCGAACGAAGUCCAGAAGGCAAAGGAGCUUUGCCUUGAUCUCUUAAAGAAUGUCAGGGAGCAAUACGAAGAAUUCAAGAACAGACCCCCUCCCCAGCGUGGAUAUGGAGCUCAAAGCACUGGAUACGGUGGUGAGAGAGGCUACGGAGAUCGUGCCCCUGACAGAUCAACUCCUUAUGGCUACGGAGGGUACAGCAAUUCUCCCGCUCCCAACACCCCUGGUAGUGUCAUGAGCCCAACCACUGCACCUGGUGCAGGCAGUCCCACCUCAGCAAGCGAUUAUGCUGCUCAAUAUGCACAAUACUACGGCGCUGCAGGUGGCGCCGACCCGUACGCGGCCUACGGUGGAUAUGCGGCCUACGUGCAGUACUACCAACAGUAUAUGGCGGCUGCGGCUGCGCAACAACAAUCUCCCCCGCCUGGUGCUCCUGGAUCUGCCCCUCCACCACCACCCAGCGAAAACCCACCACCGCCACCUUCAGGAUCACCACCUGGAACCGGCUACAACAAUGUUCCGCCGCCUCCUGGCGUAUGAUUGAGACAAUGGAUAUUGGUCUGUAUUCGUUCCUUUCUUUUUUUUUGAUCCAUCAUCCUUACUGGCAUACGCUUGCUUUUUCAUCUAUCAGGCGGUCAAAAUCGCGCAGGAUACCUCACUCUUGUACAAUAGACAAGGUCUCUGGCAUAAGGCGUGGAUACUAUCCCGGCCGGGACAAAAACUCAGUCAAUCAAGUCGA